CGCGAGUACCACCAAUCAUUCGCCCUCUGACCUCGAAACUCUCAGAGCUCUUUCUGAUCUCUUCUGGCUGUUUCACGGUACCAAAACGUACCCCCUGCUACUAACCACCAUACGACGAGAAUCAUCCCUACUACACGGUCCACUGAUCGCCUGACGAUAGUCGUCAUUCGUAACGAGAUCCGCGACUUGUGAAGAAGAGGAAGAGAAAACUAAACGCGGGCCCCCGAAGACAGACGGAACCGGACCAGUGCUACCGUGAUUACACAGCUAGAGACAACAAAGGGAAAGGUUCCUUCAUCAGCAAGAUGACGGUCACGUUUGUGCAGCGGUCCUUAAUUAUCUUCGCCAUUCUCUUGUGCUAUUAUCAAUCCUGGGUCGGCGCAGUGGAUUGCGAACAAGAACCCUAUAACCCGGCAUGUCGAGGUUCACAGGCGAGGAAGCGCCUGACACCCUUGCCAGUCAUGCGCUCUUUAAACUGCGAAGAUGGAGAUUGCAGACUCCCCAGGAUGAAAUUCUUGAUCGCGAUUCUCGACGACCCUUCCUACAAUGAGGUACACCCUUCCAACUCUGUCCACGCGCGCAAGGGCAGGAUGCGAAUAGAUGAGACGAAGGAUGUGUAUUUGGAUGACUAUUGAUUCGAUUACUAAAUUAUGUCGACGCGAUUCGCAGAGAUGACUGACGAACUUUUCUGAGAUAUUACUCGUCCGUUCGAUUAUCGUUUAUUGUAUUAUCUGGCUUGAUUCUCUACCCGUGUUUUCCCUGAUAUCGCCUCUUCUCUUCUACUUCAUUUUCUCGCAAUUUUGGCAGCGAUAAUAAAGUACAUGCGUGCACGCAUAUUUGUUAGCACUCUGACUUUUCAAUAAUAAACAUUUGAAUCGCACAACAGAAAAA